AUGUGGCGAAAAAGACUAAUUCAACAAGAUACCUUGCCUACAUUAAGAUUUAAAACUUGUCGUCUACUUUCAAGAAAUCUUCAGAACAGAGAACUUACAAUAAUACAACGCCGCAUUCUUCAAAGAUUGAGGAACAAGAAGAGAUCUAUUAAGAGAAAGAUUUAUCCAAGAGAAAAUCUUAACAAUUACAUCCAAUCACAAACUACACGAAAGUUGCCCCUUUUUCACGGGAAUUUACCUAUCACAGAGAUGCACAGAGGAACAGAACGAACUUCAUAUAUCCCUUUUCCACUCAAUCCAAAAACUAGAUUGGAUGUUAUUCUGGUUUGUCUCCAUUUUUGUGAAACUAUUCCUCAAGCAAGGUAGCCGAUAAGUCAUCGAAGGCUUUGUGUGAAUAAUGGAAUGGUAAGCAUUACUCAUUUGAAAGUAUCCCACGGUGAUCUAAUAUCUUUUCAAGAAAAUGAUGCGAGAAUCCACGGUGAAGAAAUAAGGAGAUCUUUCUAUAUCGAAAUUUCAGUUGAAAAAAUCAUAGGCAAAUUCCUGGAUCACCCGGUAAGAAUGUGGAGAAGAACCAAAACAAAAUGGUUCCACCUACUCAAAACUAAGAGGGGAUGCUGCCUACUACUAAAAUCCCGGUUUUUGCAAUAGUUGCGUUCUUCUAUGCAAGAAGAAGACUUAGAAAGAACAAAGAAGUUUGGAUCCAAAAAAGUAUGCUUAGGCAGUUCCUUUGCUGAGCACAACAGAAUGAAGAGGAAUUUGUAUCAUUUCAAAUCCCUAUUCUUAUUGAAGAGAAGGAACGAGAAAUACCGAAAUAUUCCUACUCGAACAAGAAGUCCUAUAGUUUACAACUCUUCUUUAUAUAGUAAUUCGACCUAUUGCUUCGCGUCCCCCCAUCAGUUUACUAUGAAGAGAAGAAUCAAAAGGAUCGAACUACCUACUCAUUAUUCGAAGGUGAAUCAUAGAACACCAAAAGCUGUGGUAUCUUAUGGACCUAACAUAGGUCACAUCCCUCACGACAUUAGAUUGAAAUAUCUAAUUCCUCUUUGGAGUGGAAACGGACAUGGCCAAAACAUAAAAAGAUCGGUGUAG